AUGUGGAGGCUGAGGUUGGAGAUGGGAAACAGGUCCGGAGGAGGGGAAUCCAAGGGAGUAAAGAGGAUCCAGAACAAGGCCCGGGCAAGUGCUAAGAAGUUCCGUAAGGUGACCUUGACCAUCUCUCCUAAGGGAAUCAUCAUCACAGACACAGAGACACAGGACCUCAUAGAGAAUGUGUCCAUCUAUAGAAUCUCCUACUGUACUGCAGAUAAAACCCAGGACAAAGUGUUUGCCUACGUUUCCCAGAUUCAGUUGGACGAGACCCUCGAGUGCCACGCCUUCCUCUGUCACAAGAAGAAGAUCGCCCAAGCUGUGACUCUCACCGUAGCCCAGGCCUUCACAGUAGCUCUGGACCUGUGGGAGAUUGCUCAGGAAGAUAAAAGUCAGAAGGCCAGGAGGACAUGCUGCGCGUGUUCUGUCAGUGAUGGACAGACAGAGACUACAAACACACACAGCGUCUCAGACUCAGAGCAGCAGCAGCCCCUGAGGAAGGAGGAGAAACAGAGACGGCCAUUUUUCUCCAUGUCAUUCAGCUCUCCUUCACCCAGCAACAAACCCGCCAGGAAACGACCAAUCAAACACGGCUCCUGGGAUGUGGAGGAUGGCCUCGAUGAUGCAUUCUCAAGCAGUAUGGAGGUAGAAGAGAUGGACACUGUCUGAGGAUACAGCUCUGAGCCCCCUGCAGCAGGACCACCACCACCACCUCCCCCUAGAGGACCUCAUGUCCCCGAGCAGUGACGACUCAGACUAACACAACAACUGCCAGACAUACUGCUGUCCCCA